CUGAUGACGUAUAGAAAAAACACCACACUUUCCAUCAGAAACGCUUUGUCAUGUUUCACACUUAAACCCCCGUGUGUGUGUGUGUGACAACAACUAUUAGUCAGCAGGUCGCAGUUUCUGUCCUGUUGGGCAGUUUGAAGAUCAACCGGAUGCAGUUGUUUUGAAAUUACUGAGGUCCCUGUUUUCUCUCUCUCUCUCUCUCUCUCUCUCUCACACACACACACACACACACUUGCUCCUCGUCUGGUCGUGCUCGUGUCCCCGCUUUUCUUAACACCUUAGUGUUGUUGUUGUUGUUGUUGUUUUUGUUGUGAUAAUGGCUGUUAAUAAAACAUACAUUAGUAUCGGGUAUGCAUCGUGCGGCGUGCUCGUGGGCUUCUCCGCUUUCCUGGUGUGGAACAUCGCGUUCAGACAGCAGUGGACUGCAGCCAUGGGAGGACUGUCAGGCGUGCUGGCACUUUGGACCCUGAUCACUCACAUCAUGUACCUGCAGGACUACUGGAGGACCUGGCUGAAGGGCCUUAAGUUCUUCUUGUUUAUCGGUGUCUUCUUCUCUCUGUUGGCAGUCGUGGCCUUCAUCACUUUCAUGUCUAUUGCCGUCAAAAACAAGGACUCCCUGACUGACCCUCGGAGCCUCUACCUGUCCUGUGUGUGGAGCUUCAUGAGCCUCAAGUGGUCCUUCCUGCUCGCCUUGAGCGCUCACCGCUACCGCAAAGAGUUUGCUGAUAUCAGCAUCCUCAGUGACUUCUAAGGGCAUCGCGUAACUACACAGACUUUGGAGUACACUCACUGUGCUGGUCUCCCAGCCUGCGAGUGUCGCAGCCUAAACGUGAUGAAGGGCAUUUGAAGAGGAAUCAGAGGAUGAGUUGAAAUACUUUGUGUUGUGGAUAAGCAACCUGACGCUGGUUACUCCUUUGUCUACUUGGCCACCGUUUCCUGCAAACCUCCUCUCUUUUUUUAUGAUGUGUGCAGGGUUUGUUGUUGACUUUACAGACAAUCCAGUGCUGUUUUCUAUGAUCCUUGAUAGAUUUUGCAUUUUCACUUCCUUAGCACCCAGUUUAGUCGUACAUCUGCACAAGUUCCUCCUGGCGAAAUAAAUCCAAUACAUGGUAAUUUUUAAACCAUGAGUCUGAGUGAAGGGAAUUGCGGCAUUGUAACACACUCCUCAGUGGUAAUAAUCACUUGUAGUUUCAUGUUGUGGCCACAAGAGGGUGUCACCUUUCCAACAAUUAAUCACCAUGUACAGUAUGUGUGCUUGACAUCCCAACUUUCAUCUACGUAUCCUAUUUAAUUGUUUCUGGUUUAAUGAAUGAUGAAGAGAUUUUUUUUUCCCAUCACCAGUUGCACAUACAGUGGUCAGGUGAUCUGCAUAUCACAAGGCAUCAUCAAUCCUGUGGUGAAUACAACACUUUAAAGUUGAUGUACAUCAGGGUCUUGCAGAGGAGAGGUCACCCAAAAUCCUGCAGCAUCAACAUGAAGGCUUUCAUAUGCAGUUCCAAAUAAGCACCACAUGUCCUGGUUUAAUAUAUUUCUGAACCACAGAGGGGCAUUUUUAAUGUAAAAGAAUGAUUUUUGUAUUAUUUGUAUCAGUGUGAUAAAAACACUUAAAGAAAAAAUAACUGAGUGUGAAAAUGAGCCUCAGUUAUGGCUUUAAUUCACAGCAGUAGUGAUACCACUAAUGUGCAUGCAUGUUGCUUUGUGUCCUCAUCUGAACCAUUUAUGACAUUUCUAUUGUUGCUUAAAGAGAUUAUUUUGCUGGAUUUCCUUUAAAUGUUUAUCUCUGUACAUUACUGUGUCAGAAAUUAAGAGUGAUACAUGUGAAUACACACCAGUGUGUCUGAGAGUCACUUUAAUAAAACAUGUUUUUUUUUUUACGUC